ACCAUAUCAGGCCUGCCACUGAUACAAAGAAACAGACGCGUUUCUAAGAUCUCGCGGCUUGAUGCCUGCUUGUUUACAUCGCUACCUCCCCACCACGAGCCUUGUCAACUCAUGUCAAUGCAGAUUUUCCACGACUUCGAAAAGCAUAAAAUCAUUCACUUUCCUUCGGUUUAGGGGAUCUCGAUCUAUACUUUUACAGGUGGUUCAAAACCAAAGAAAAGUCUCCAGGGUUGACAUAUCAGAACAACGUCAAGGGUUCUUACCCGAAGGAGCCUAGCUUCUAUCGUCCAACAUGAUGGACCUAGACUGGCCUAUGGACGCGUUUCUGCGUCCCAACCAUCCGGAACGUUCACAGUCAAUAGGAUCAACAACUCCUGAUGGACCAUUUCAGUUCACAGCCGGCAGAGGUCGACGCAAUGGCAGUAUUAACAAGGACGACGUGGAGAUGAUUACGGAACCGUUGUACGCCGACUUGGACGAGCAGGGAAACUCAGUCAUCCACCCGGGCUUCUCUUCAUGGCUAUCAGCUCUGCCUGAUCCCAUCAGCCCGAUUGAGAGGUACCAGCGCGAGUUGAAGUCGUACCCCACGGGAAUUGUGCGGCUGGCCAAGCGACGGAGAGAUGAGUUUGAAGGCGGCAAUGGUGGCAAGUCUGCCCACGCUUUCUACGUGGGGGAUCGGCCGGGAACUCCAGCAGAUGGGGCUGUUCAUCAAACUGAUCGUGCAAAGACUCCGGGAGAGCAUUUGAAAUACAUCGGGCCUCUCAACUCGGCUCACGACAAAAGAGAGCGGCCUCCGGUGGUGCACUACUCUUUGCCACGUGAGGCCGAUGCCCAGCGUCGCGUUGCUUGGCACAAGCAACAGCAACAGGAGAGCCAGGCACACCAGCAACGGAAACAGCCCUCCCAGGAAAAGCCUCACAAAAAACUGCAGAAGAAGCAACCCGGGCAGCUGUCAAUGGAUUUUGACAACGACAAUGAUGAAAACAAGCACCCCCAAGAGCCACCUAGAAAGCUGGCACGCCUCGAUAUCCUCACAAGAGCUUUUUCUAGGCGCAGCCGCAAAAGUUCGACAGCAAGUAACCGCCCCGAUGGACCCGAUCUGGAACGCCCGGGAACGUCCCUGGGUGAUGUCUUUUUUUCAUCACGUCGACGUUCCGCCUUUCAAGGCGGCGCCGAUACGAGCCCGCGGCGACUGAGUCUCAAUAUCAAUAAGCUUACGGAGCCGGAUCGGUCAGGUACACCAAAUGGGGCUAGCCACCGGACAAUCCAUGGCCUGUCAUCGCGCUUAAGCUCAAUGUUCACCCUCGAGGGGCCUCCGCCAAUGGAGGAUGACCGCCCCAGGGUUCUGAGCCCACAGGACACCCAGUGCGGAGACUACCGCAUGCAGAUUGCUCUUGUCGGCGAUGCGACUGUAGGAAAGAGCAGCUUGAUCAAACAAUUUAUCACGGCACACUUUGACAAGGAGUACAACCCCACCAACAAAGACCUGCACUCAGUUCUUCUCCCAUGCGGAGGAGGUACCUCCUGCCGCCUCGAGCUACACGACUGUGGUGGCGGUCAGGAAGAGAGUGACAUUAGUUAUCUUGCCCAGAGUUGGUGGGACGCAAUUGUCAUCUGCUAUUCGAUUGGCGAUUCGGCCUCGCUGUCUUCCUGUACAACUCGUUGGAUAGAUGAAGCUCGCAAAAACGCCGAGGGAGUACCGGUAUUUCUUGCAGGCCUAAAGAGUGACCGUCGAAGGCCUCAUCUUGAACUUGCAUUUAUCCCGGAGUGCAAGAUUGUUUCACGCUAUGAUGGCGAAGAGGCGGCAAGAGCUAUUGGUGCCGAAAGAUACCUGGAAUGCUCUGCCAAAAAUCGCGAAGGUGUUGAAAACCUUUUCAAAGCUGUGGUAAACAGCUCUCUGCCACGAGUAAUCGAGAACACCCGACGCGCUUCAGAUCGACACCAUAUCUACAAGCCGAAAGCCGAUAUACUCUACGGAACCGGACGCAAGAUCAAAGACUUCAUUCGCACAGCCAGGGAUGACAGGCCUAGCACAGCAUAGACCUUCUGCGUCUUCAUUAAGCCCAGCCACGUGUAAAACUGUUUAAGUAUGUCGGGAUGGGGUGGGUAGACAUCUUGCACGCCUAUGACAUCACACCACCUUCCUGUACUCCAGGAAGUCGAGCUAGCGAAAGCUCAGGAGUCCGCGCUUUGUAGCCUCCUUUGGCUGAUAACAUGUCCUCACAUCGGCUUCAUCAAACUCUCGAGACGUAGUCUCGUGUAAAUCUUUCAGCAAACUCAGCCGGGCGCCAACUCUUCCUACCCCUUUUGCUGAAUUCAGAAGAGAGAUUUCUUUGGGUCUCUUGUUUGUCUGCAUAUUGGUCCGUUUGGAAGGGAGUAAGUCUUCCGGAUUGUUCACUAUAAAAGAACGUAUAAAAACUGUGGUAGACGCUCAGUCAAGAGCCUACUUUUCUCUGAUACUGGUGUUAUAUGAGGGGAUCCCGGAUAUGUUAAAAUGGAGCCUGCUGCACACUAAUAGUAAAUCCUAGGUACCAGUCCAAAAUUUCACGGGAAAUAAAUGGUG